AUGAAUCAAAAUAUUGUUAGAAGGGACCCGCAGUUUAUCUUUUUAAAAGAGGAAGAUAUGCUUUAUGCUAUUGCAGAUGAAACUGAUGACACUCUCCCUAUUUUUGAUUCGAUAAACUUCAACAAUUUGAUUAAGAUCAAGAAAGUAGAUUCAAUUACGUUUCAAGGAUUAAAAUCAGGCCAGUCAUUUCAUCCCGUUUCUGAAAUUGAAAAUCCUUAUAAAUUAAAUUGGAAUAAAAUUAUUAGGUUAGUUCUCAACGAUUUUAACAAAUCUCAUAAUGAUUCAGAAGUGAAAAGACCGCUUAUCAAUUCUUUAUCAUGCAUAUUUGUUAUCGAUGAAAAUAAUAUUCAAUAUUUUCCAUCAGGUUAUUCUACGGAGAUCUCAUUUACUAAUUCGUUUGGUAAGAUACUAACUGAAAUUGGCACUUUACUUCAACUAGGAGAAACGUGGCUUGAAAAAUUAGCUCGAAUAUGUUUAUUAAAGCCUGAUAUACGACCAAAGUUUGAUUUUGUUACAUCAUUAAUGAAAUACCCAGAGUUCUACUUCCCGUGUUACCAUGAAUCUGGAAAUUACAAUAAUGGAGGAAUAGUUAAGACUGACGAUGCUAUAAAGCUAUUCAUCGAUUUUAUGGCGCAUAACAAAAUCAAUAAUUCAGAUUUUAUAGACAUUUAUGAAUUAAUACAAGGAUAUAAGAAUAAAAGAAACAAAAUUGACGUUAUUACUCCCAUACCAAAGUUACUUAAUGGAUCUGCUGAUGAAAUUAAGGAUCUUGCGUCCAAAGGAAUGUAUUUAGCAAAAAUUCAAUAUUUGAAAAGCAUAGACAAGAAAAUCGAUGAAUAUCAAGUCAAAAUUCCCAAUCAAUAUAUCGAAGAAUAUAAAAAUACUUACAAAAACUUGUUGGGUGAUCCGGAUACAAUUGAUUUCGAAAAAAUGUUCAUUGAUUCGAUAAUAAAGUUCGGGAUAUUCUACCAACAGUUAUAUUAUAAUAGUAUUAAGGGAGAUAACAAAGAAGACUACAAAUAUUUCCAAAUUUCAGAAGAAAUUUUCAUAAAAGGCAUCGAACAACGAAAUUCAGUAGUAUGUCAAUACUGUUGUGGAAGACUGAAUCAUACAAGGUUUAACAAAACAAGAAACCAAGAGAAUUUUAAAAAUGCAAAAUUAAAUUAUCAAAUAGUGAUAGACAAAGCUCCAAAACAUAGCAAAUUUUGGAACCUUGCUAACUAUCAAAUGGCAUUGCUUCUUAAAUCAAACAGAGUUCCUAAAAAUGUUUAUCUCCCUUAUCUCAGAAAUUCGUGCAAAGUAAGUACCAAAGGUCGUAACGAAAGGCUUACAGAUGAUUCAUUUUACUAUGAUUCAACUCCUUACGAACAUAUUAACAAAAUUAAUAAAAAAUUCUUAUCAAACGUUCUCCAUGUUAGUCUGACUGGAUUACAGAGGACGGACUAA